AUGGCACCAGCCAACAAGAAGGAGCCCAGCUUGCAGACUGACCUGUAUCAACAACCCCAGUCGGGCCCGCCUAAGCUCUCCGAUGUCAAGGAACUCAUCGAUGAGAGCACAUUCGAGCAGAUCCUAGAGAUGGACGACGACGAUGACCGCGAUUUCAGCAAAGGCAUAGUAUACGGCUUCUUUGACCAGGCUAAGAGCACUUUCAUCAACAUCCAGACCGCGCUUGAGAAGAAGGACCUCAAGGAGCUCUCUUCCCUCGGACACUUUCUCAAGGGCUCCUCCGCCACACUGGGCCUUAACCAUGUCCGGGACGGCUGCGAAAAGAUCCAGCACUUCGGCAACGGGCUCGACGAGAACGGCUCCGGCAAAGAAUCCGAGGAUGUGUGCCUCAAGAACAUAGAGAAGACUCUCAAGGAGGUUGAGGUCGAGUACGCCAAAGUCGAGAAGUUCCUGCGCCUCUUCUACGGCGAGGAAGUCAAGGACGAGCCCGAGCCCGAGCCCGAGGCCCCGGCCGCCCCCAAGGAAGAAAAGCCGCCCUCCGCCGAUAAGGCGUCCACGACCAAGGAGGCCGACACUCAGGGAAAGCCCAAGGCAGACGACUCGAAGAAAUAA